AUGAGUAGCCGAAUUUCGGUGCCAGUACCCUCCGAUAUAGGCGUCCGCAGAAUGUCACCCGGCGCAGGCUGGACAACGGCAAUGCCCCGCAUCGGAAGGCCGACCCGGUCCGGUCAAGAUAGGGCCCGGAAGAGGGUCCCGAGAAUACGAGAAAUACUGAGGAUUUUCGUAUUAACCAAUGAGCCCUUCAAGAAUCUUUGUAAAUGCGGGGAAUUGGCGAUUACCUUUGCGAAGCGAGAUGCCGAAAAACCACGGUAUUUCAUCUUCCACAUGGACGGAGCCGAAUGCGGCGGAAGUCGGGGGAAGCGGAUCCGGCCUCUGCACAAGGAUGUACUUGGUCAAUUGAAUGAACCAGCAGACUUGAUAGUAACUGCUACGCUGUGCAAAGUCGAGGGCGGGUUGUACCUGAUUGAGGCCUUCCACGAUGGAGAAAUCGCUCACAUUUGGUAUCGGGAAGAGUCUCAGGCCCCAAACUCUGAAGCCCCAGCGAGAUCAGGCGCCGAUCGCAUAUCCUGCCGGCCUCCCGAUCCGCCGGGUCUGCCAUUUGAUAAGAAAAACACCCCGCCCCUCAACCUUCACCACCGCGGCCUCCACACCUCGCCCGGACCCAACUUCACGCAAACAUCCAACAUUAAAGACAUUCGGCAGUCAACCAACGAUGUUCCAUCCAUCAUGCCAGACGCGUCCCACGCUUCCAAUUCGUGCUGGACCUGUCGGCAGAAGCGGGCCAAGUGUGACAGACUCCUUCCGACUUGCCUCCGCUGUACCUCCUUGAAGCUUCGGUGUCAAGGAUAUGAUCGGCCGAAGAAGUUGGUGUGGACCAACAGUGUGGCCAGCCGAGGCAAGAUGAUGGGAAAAGCCACAUACGGCGCAGAUCAAGGACCGAAUGAUGAUCUUAUCGCCGCAAGGCCUUGUAAGUCUGGCCGUCUCGCAGUGGGACACUCUCGGGACACUUUGCGCGAAGCACUGCCGGCAUCACUUGACGUGUCAUGGUCUCUCAUCGACCCUGACCUGCAAGACUUGUCAGUUGAUUGCCGGAAGUACAUACGCUAUUUUGACAUGGAAAUGUCCAAGGAAUGUGUCGUUUACCAGACAUCCAGCAAUCCUUUCUUGUCCCUUAUGCCGCUUAUGUCCAGAAGUCAUGCCUUGUCCCAUGCGAUGAUCGCAAUCUCGGCCUUUCACUACUCUCAUCGGCUGGUCAUCAGCCAGAUGCAAAUUUCCUGUGCGGAAAGAAGGCUUCUUGAAGUUGAGAAUACUUCACUGUGGCAUAAGUCACAGGGACGCGACUGGCAGCUGAGCCAGCCAAACUUCUCGCCCUCACUGCGUGUAGCUCUAGCUCAUAAGCAAAGAGCCUUGCAAUAUCUCAAGAUAGAAAUCCAGGACGACGAUGUGACAAACAACGAUGCCGCAGUGGCAGCUAUCGUUCUAUUUAUCUGCAUGGACGUGGUUGAGUUUGGCAGCCGUGGAUGGGAGCAUCACCUGGGAGGUGCUGGUGAAAUACUCCAACAGCGGAAAGCUACCCUUCAGAAUCGCAGUAUUGGAACCGAUCAUUGGCUGGAAUAUUUUGACACAGCCUACACGACAUUUGGGAUCAUCGGCGCAACACUGGCGCCAGCAAAGGGCUCUUUCGCUCAGCAACUAGCAUCCCUUGAUCCGUCUCUUCUAAGGAUCUUGCGCCAGUCGGAAGAUCAAACUUGGGCAGAGCAGUUGAAGGUCGAUGAGCUGUGCAAAGGUCUCGACAACUUCUCGCCGUCUGGUUGGGCAGAGAAUUUCCCAGAUCCGGAGCACUAUCAGUCGCGAUCGCACCUUGCGCACGCUUACAAGGCGGCGGUUGAAGUAUACGCCUCUCACAUUGUAGGGCCGCUGCUCGAUCAAGGGCAUAAUCUCUCUGACCUGUAUCUCGAAGGGGUAACUCGAUCCGGCAUACUCCAUAUGCUCUCCAUUUCAGCCCAGGACUUCCAUGUGAAGAGCCUGGUGUGGCCGGCCUUUGUCGUUGGGGCAGAGAUCCAAGCGGCCGAUCUUAAGAUUAUGGUACGGGAAAUCUUCAGGAAUAUCUGGAUAUCGUCGUGUUGCUACAAUGUUAGAAAUGCCAUUGAGAUGCUGGAAAGGAUCUGGGCCCGAGACGAUGAUGAGAAGAUGGCAAAGUCUUGGCUCAACUAUCUCUGGUCACUGGAAGAUAGGACAGAGCUUCGGACAAGGAUGAUACAUGUACUUGGUGAUAAGCAGCGAUGCCAAGAUGCCGUGACAGCAUGGAACGAAACUGCAGGACGCUUAUACCCGGAUGGGACAUGCGGGUCAAGCGCCACUCCUAAAAUUUUCUUCAUUUACAACCCCUCAAUUACAAGGCCUAUCUCUAGCAUGUCAGCACCACACCCCCUCUGCCCCCUCUCGGGUGCGGAGAUCAAAGCCGCAGCUCAAGUGAUCCAGACUGCUUGGCCAACAUCUGUUUCUCUUCGGUUCAAGGUGGUGACUCUCAGUGAACCCGCCAAGGGAGAACUGGCACCUUACCUGGACGCAAAGGACAAGGGACUGUCUGCGACUCAACCUGACCGCAGGGCUUUCCUUGCGUACUACAUCCGGGGAACGGUUGAGAGCAACCUCAAGCUUGGUGCUAAUGUCCACGGCAACGUCGACUAUGAUGAGGCUCAGUUGGUCGAGAAGAUUGCACUCGAGGACCCCAAGGUCCUUGCCGAGAUCAAAAAACUCGAGCUACCUGAAGGCACAGUCGUCUGCGCUGAUCCGUGGAUCUACGGAUCUGAUGGUGUCAACGAUGAUGCCCGUCUAUAUCAAGUUUUUCUCUAUAUGAGAGACCCCAACAACUCAUCGGAACCCGACUCUAAUCACUAUGCUUUCCCGUUACCAAUUCUGCCUGUGGUUGAAUGCAACGAGUACAAGAUCAUCCGCAUUGACAUUCUUCCCACUGGUGCGGACAACACCAUCAAGCCCCUUAGCCCAUACACGCCUAAGCCAGGAAACGAGUACAUCCCUGAAGCCCAGAACCUCCGGAAAGACCUCAAGCCUCUGCAGGUUGUUCAACCUGAGGGACCGAGUUUCACCGUCACGCCCGUGGGAGAGACCGGAAAUGUGCUCGAGUGGCAGAAGUGGAGUUUCUUCAUCGGCUUUAACCAGCGCGAAGGUAUGGUGUUGUACAACGUCAAGUAUGACGGUCGUCCGCUAUUCUACAGACUGUCGCUCUCAGAGAUGAGUGUGCCCUAUGGUGACCCGCGCCAUCCCUUCCAUAAGAAAGCCGCUUUCGAUCUCGGUGAUGCGGGCGCGGGAGCCACUGCCAACAACCUGCAACUGGGCUGUGACUGCCUGGGAAGCAUUCAGUACCUCAGUGGUGUAAUUUCCGAUGACCGCGGUCAGCCGGAGUCCAGAGAUAACUGCAUCUGCAUCCACGAGCAAGAUGCAGGCAUUGGCUGGAAGCACACCAACUACCGUACAGGACGUGCCGCGCUCGUCCGAUCUCGCGAAUUAGUGCUUCAGAGCAUCAUUACGGUCUCCAACUAUGAGUACAUCCUGAUGUUCUUGUUUAAUCAGGCGGGUGAGGUGACUUACGAAGUCCGAGCUACCGGCAUUCUAUCAACACAGCCCAUUGACCAUGAGUUGGACAAGGUCGGCACGUCUUUCGGCACCGUUGUCCACCCUGGUGUCCUCGCGGGACACCAUCAACACAUCUUCUCCCUGCGUGUCGACCCCAUGAUCGAUGGACACACCAACCAGCUGGUGUACUCGGAAGCGCACAAAAUGCCGCGAGAUCCCAACUGGAACCCCCACGGCACAGGCUACGAAGUCAUCGACAAGGUCGUGGAGAAAACAUCGGGUCUUGACCUUGACUUUGACGUGAACCGCACGUUCAAGAUCACCAACCCCAAUUCCCUCAACCCCAUCAACGGGAAACCAGUGGCCUACAAGAUCAUGGCGCCGCCUUUCCAGAAGCUGAUGAGCGAUAAAGACAGCUUUAACUACAAGCGCGCCGAGUUCGCGGACCACAACAUUUAUGUCACAACACAUCGAGACCGGGAGCUUUACGCCGGCGGUUGGUAUACCAAUCAGUCUCGUGGAGGCACCGGUGUUAGGGGCUGGUCUGAGCGAAAUGAGACAUUGACUGCCGAGUCUGACAUUGUCGUCUGGGUGCAGUUCGGCAUCAACCAUGUGCCAAGAAUCGAAGACUUCCCCGUCAUGCCGGUCGAAAUUCUCAAGGUACAUCUGAAGCCUGUCAACUUCUUUGACAAGAACCCCGCGUUGGAUGUGCCUCCUAGCGAGCAAAGUUUCAACAAAAGCACUCUGAUUGAAACUAGCAAGGCGGUAAAGGAUGCUGACGGCUGUGGGAAGCCACUGUUUCCCCAGAACACAUGUCUACCUACUAUCAGAUCAUUUCUUUCCAUGUUCAAUAGCUAUUCAUCGGGUUACUUGCGACGGUGCUUCCGAAGCUCCGGCUUGAGAGUGGUACCAUGGCUUGCGGCUGAAAUUCUUCACGCCAAGCCCAAGGAACUGCGGAUUCCAACUCUCCAUCUUUCUGUCGUUGUCUUGAUGCUUGUGAUGCAUCCCAUCGGCAUCGAGCUGAGCAUUGCGUUCUCAACCUUGUCCUCCUAUGAUCGGAAUGUUUGCUUGUCGCGGGCCGAGACUAUGGUCCUCGCCACUCGCGUGGCAGCGAAUCUCCUCGCGCAAGCUUGUGCCGAGAUCUCCCUGUCCCCUGACUUAACCGCCCAUGUCUCACAACCCAAAAGCAUGUUGCCCAGAAAGGUCGAACUCAUACAUUCGAAAGUAAACAUUGCGAUGAUGCCGGGUCGUUGUUUUCAUUCUUCUUCCCUGGGCAAAGUCCGACAAUUGAUAUGCCCAGGCUUGAACAUAUCGGGUUACGAUCCUGGCUGCGAUGAGUGCCAUCUGGAAGCCCCCUUUUCUCGGGCAGACCACUCGCUGGUGAGCGGCGUUCCGAUUCGGAUGCGAUUCCUCAUCCGGCCCUGUUCGCCCUCCUCCCUUGGCAUUCCCAUUCCUGAUUGCCUCGGUUUCUUAUCGGCACAGCUUUUCUUUUCAAACCAGACCGCCUCCUCGCCGCGACCUCUUUGCCUUGCUUCUCUCAAUCCCUUUUGUAUAACACAGCUCGAGAUGCUGAACCAAGGCGAGCUCGGCACGGCCAUGAAGGUCCUCUCCAAGGAGUCUGCCGAUACCGUACGUGGCUGGUUCUCGGGAGAGCAGGCGGGCGAGUCCUACGAGCCACUCCUUGAAGACGAGGAAGCAGAUCUUUCGGCAGAUCUGUCUGAACUAUCGUACGAAGAAGAAAAGCCAAUUGAGUACACCAGAAGGAGCUGGUUUCGGUUCCGCUGCUCCCAUGCACGACGCAUCUUCUGGACCUUGGUGCCAUCGUUCGUGGCCCACGCAUACGGUCAUGGGGACGAAAAUUCCGUGGUCCCUGAUUCCCACUCAACGUCGUACCUGAACGGCCUCCGUGGCAUCGCGGCAAUGGUCGUCAUUAUCCUCCACUACACUGAUGAUUUCGUUUUCAUCAACCAUGGUUGGGGAGAGGAUGAAAACAAUCACUACUUUUUGCAACUCCCAUUCAUCCGACUUAUCCACUGCGGAGUCUUGAGCGUCAUGAUCUUCUUUGUCCUCAGCGGCUUUGUGCUCACAUAUAGCCCGUUGAAGAAGGCUCACAGUGGACAAGUUGAAGCCUGCAUUGGGUCCCUUCCAUCAAGCGUUUUCCGCCGCGGAAUGCGGCUAUUCUUCCCGACUAUUCCCCUCCUUUUCAUUGUCCUCGUCUUGAAAACAUACGGAUUGUACUACAAUAGCGGAAGCAGGGAUCCUGAGGCAGCCCCAGCCACCGGCAUCUUGGCGCUUCUCGUCUUGGUAUGGCAAAAUCUCAUCAUCAUCACAACUCAGACCACCACCGCCAGCUUCUUGCCUCAGGCCUGGACACUGUCAGUCGAGUUCAGGGGAUCAAUUCUCGUGUUCCUGUGCUGCUUGGCCCUGGCACGGGUAUCUCCCCUAGCCCGGCUAUCUGUGGUGGCGAUCAUUUUCGUUUUCUUCUGGACCCUCGGCGCGGAUGGAGACAUGUGGCAGCCUUGCCUCUUUCUCUGGGGCAUGGCUCUCGCUGACAUCCGCCAUUUGCGGAACAAGCUACCGAGCCUGGAGGGUUCACUUGAGAGAACGGCUUCGUACAGCUGGUGGCUGGUCUUUGUGUUCUCACUCUGGCUAGGAGGCUACCCCAUCAAUGGCCACACCUUCAAUGCCGUGGGAUACGGGUGGCUCGAAAUGUUCCCCACGUUCGGCCAGGACCCGGCGCGCACUUUCCCGGCCGUCGGUGCCAUGAUACUGGUAACAUCCCUAGAGAACCUGCCGCCUUUGCAGCGCUUGUUGAACGCGCGCUGGGUGCUAUACCUGGGCGAGGUCAGCUUCGGCAUGUACCUGGUUCACUGGGCUGUUGAGAGGUCUUUCCUCGGCUUGGGUCUCAAGUUCUCGAUGCAGAACGCCGGGUAUUCUCUCGGUGUGGCUUGGACUUGCAGUUUCAUCGUGGUAAUUGUGCUCACCUUGUGGUUCGGAGAUUUGCACUGGAGAUUUAUUGAUCAGAAGUGCGUUCGACUUGCACGCUGGUUGACUACGAAAUUGGGGGUGUAG